CAUGCAUCCAACGCCCAAAGACCUUCAUCACUAUCAGAUCAUGCCCAGUUCAUGAUGACACGUCGUAGUGCGGGAUAUGUGAGCAAGAAAGCGCACCGCAAGUCUCGUGGUGGAUGCGUAACAUGUAAGCGGAAGAAAGUCAAGUGCGAUGAAGUCCAGCCAAGCUGCGGCUACUGCUCGUUACGCAGACUGAGCUGCGAAUACAUUCAUGAGCCAACAUCCGCAUCAACAUCCGCAUCGCCUGCAUCUAACGCAACACUCAGCAAUGGCAAUUCUCCCGCUAGCACAGUCCCAGUCGAGGAGGCAGACUUCAAUGAUACUUCAACACCAAUACCUUCGUGGCUUAUACCAGCUGCGCAAGCAGCUUCUGGACCCAUGCCUGGCUCAGGCUUCGAACUACUGCAUCAUUACAAGACCUUCACAUGGCAAACGCUUACUGUGCGGGACGACGAGGUCGUUGUAUCGAUACACAGAGACUCCGUUCCCCGACUGUCGCUUUCGCAUUCACACUUGCUCUACGCACUUCUCAGCAUCGCAGCAUCCCACAGCAAUGCGCUGACACCUUGCAAGCAGGCCGAAAACCUCGCACUAGUAUACCGUCAACGAACCUUUGCGGAGUAUAGCAAAGCCCUCCAGAAUAUCACUGCCGAAAACUACGAAUCCGUCCUUGUCACCGGCAUGCUCCUUUUGAGUCUAAUAGCACCACCCGAAUCGGACACCUCAAAGGACGACGCGUACCUAGUCUGGAUGGACUCGUUUCUGAAGAUGAGCGAAGGCCUCCGCAUCCUCGCAUCUCUACGCUGGGCAGCCGGUAUCGAAAAACUCUCCGUCUAUCCUCUCAUCUGCAGAGAAUUGAGAAUACUGCCACCGCCACCAACCUUUCAACCCAGCGACAAUCGUAACCUGCAUACUCGUGUCGGUGCAGUAGGCACAACGCCCAACCAUCCAAACCCUCCGUCAACAUACUACCUGCAGCACUCCGAGGCUUCACCAGUGUUUCUCCCUCCUCCGCUGAUGAAUCUGUUGGCGUCACUUAGCAAUGCAGACUCAGGCUCAGGUCCCCUGGACAUGCACGCGAAUACGCUGUAUCCUGUGUUGCAUGCGUUCAGCCCGAUCUUCCUGAGUCUGUACUACUACCACCUUAACCCUGAUUUCUUCGUUCGUGUAUUUGUAUUCUGCUCAUUUCUCAUGCCGGACUUCUUGUUGCUUGUCAAGAACAGAGAACCGCGAGCGCUUGUGCUAGUUGCGUGGUGGUUUGCACUUGCGGGUCUGGCACCUAGGGGCUGGUGGGUGGGAAAGUCGGUGGAGAAGUUUGUGGAGGCAGUCGGUAGGAUUGUGAAAGAAAAAGGUGACCAAGCGACGCAAAGAGCGUUUGAAAGCGUCGAAGACGUUAUUCGCAUACUAAAGUGCGGAGGUAGUCAUGCAGCCGCAAGAAGCGUAUUUGUAGAGUGGAGUGGUGUGGAUUGGGAUGAAGGGCCUAAAAAGGCAGAUGCGUGGGAAGCAAGUCUCUUGGCAGACUGGAGUACAGAUCUUGACUUCGACUCCAGGAUGUUCUCUCGUUGAGUGCUUGAUUGCAGCAGAAUCAUUGAAAGUCUCCAGGGUUUCUUACGCACGAGCGCAGACUCGAGUCUUAUCGACUGCCUCCAGGCUUUCACUACGCCCUCCCAAACCGCGAGUCUCCAGCCUCCCUGGGCUUC